AUGCCUGUCGUCGAGAUAACUCAGCUACGUUUGAAGGGGGUCGCGGUCGAUGAUCCCGCGUUGCUUGAGAGCCUAUCGCAAGCCCGAGGCAAGCUGCAGACCAAUUCACGAUUCUUCAGCUGCAUUGAAGCAUCACGCCUCAUUUAUAUUUUUGGCGUCUGGCCAAGUCUAGAUGCGCACUUGGAAUUCCUGGCUUCUCCGGCACGGGACGAGGUUUUGGGUCCGCAGGAGGCAUUCCUAGAGUUCCAGUGGACAAUACACCUGGAGCUCGAUACCAUCAGUCCACUCCUACUCGAUGCGCCGUUUUUAGCAAUCGAGAGAUUCGAUAUCGAUGCAGUAAACGUCGAGGCUUACGACCAGGUUGUCAAGAACCAUGCGCGAGAGCUCCAGAGCAGCGGCCGAGAACCUUCAGACGUUACAUACGCAUGGCGAUGCGAUAUGCCAACCGGCAGCCAUGAGGCAGCCAUAUUGACUAGCUGG